CUGAAGGCACAAGAGGGCAACUCUAUUCAACCGAGAAUAUGUGCUAGGGUACACUGAUUUUCAAAAUGGGUUGUUGUCGGGUGAUUUUAUUCUUAGUACUCAUUAUCUUUGGUGUGGAAGGCCAGAUUCAGUUGUGCCAAAAUACCGACAAUUUGGCAUGCAAAUGUGAGACACUCGCUGGACUAAUCGAUAUAUCAUCACUCGGAAAGAAAGAUGGAAUACAGUAUAAAUCUAUGGAAGCGACCGUGUAUCCAUCAAGUUACAAAUUCUCUUACAAUCCAUGUUAUCCUUUCAACGACUUAAAAUGCACAAGUGCUGCGAGUUGUCAAGAGGGCGACACGGACUCGUUCAACCUCGGUACCCAAGCAUCAGCUAAGUGGUCGAUGUGUGAUGAAGAUCCUAACAAGAAUUGCAUUAGUUAUACUGCAAAGCAAGAUAACGUAGAUCGCACAACAAUUGUAGUACUUACAUGCAAUCCAUCGGGUGAAACAACUUUUUCCGUAGACGGAGAAUUCCCUGGUUCUAAUCCACCUCAAUACAUAUAUAGACUGACCUCUAAGUGUGCUUGUCCGAAUGGGUGUGGCGGCGGCGGAGGUUCUGGUAGUGGUGGGCUAAGUACUGGAUCCAUUUUGUGCAUCACAUUCUCUGUGUUGGUGGUGGUGUAUUUGGCUGGUGGAAUCGCGUUUAAUUUUACAAGACGAGGAGCAAGCGGCAAGGAGGCGAUCCCGAAUGUUGAAUUAUGGAUGGAUUUUCCUGCACUUGUGAAGGAUGGAACUGUCUUCUUCAUAAACCUAUUUAGGAGGGGAGGAGGUGGAUACUCAACGAUGGAAUAACAAGGAACAGUGUGUGCAUUUUACUGAAAUAGAGCCAACAUUACAGAUACAGUAUAAAAACAAAAACGCCGAAUUGCUAAAUUCGAGAAAUCACCAUCCAUCGCACACUCCCCGUACCCAUUUUUUUUUCCGUACAAAACAAUAGCAUGAAAAGUCUUCACUUGGACCAUCUUGGAUUGACUCAAGUUUGAUACGAUACUAAAGUUUAACAAGAGUAGGCACUUCGCAAUGUCGUGACGCUCGGGUAUUAACUAUUACUGUUAUUUCUAUAAUAUGUUUACCUACUGCAGGCCUAUGAAAUCUUACUGAGUUAUGGGAUGUACGUCUGUAUCUAACUGCAAGAUCAUGCGCUUUGAAAUGUCAGAUUUUUUUUCGAAAUUAAUCUACGUACAAAUACCUCUAAUUUGAUCAUUUUAAUGCUUAAGAGGUACAUGGAUAGGGAGCAGCUACCACUGAAACAUGAUUAUUUUUCAUACAUUAUAGACCUAACUUUGUAAGAAUUUAUAAUGUGCAUUUUAUAUCAAGUCAUGAUGGCAACAAGGAUAAAAACUGCAACAUGCCAAAUGAAUGUCUGACUUUCUUUAAAUGUUAAGAUGGAAAUUUAAAGUGACCUGUAGUAAAUAAAUAGGUGUGGGCCCUGCAUUCAAGAAACCAUGAUGAAAAUGUUUAAAAAAAAUAUUUAAUACAGAAUGUGUGUUUUUUAUUUUGUGGCAAAUUUAAUAAUUAAAUGAGAGGAAGAACAUCUUAAAAUUUGUAUAAAUUAUUUUUAAAAAAACAUACAGAUAUACUAAUUUACAGUGUGUACAAUAUUCCAUCACAUGCAUAAAUAGCUUUUAAUGGUAAUGGUAAUGGUGGGAUAUUUUUAGUGCACCUUCCACAAUAAAAUCGUCUCACGGCGCCGAAGAAAAGGUAGGACCAUAAAUUAUAAAAAAUAAAAUUAUUUUUAUAUCUUAAAUUAAUUAGCCUAUAUUAAUCAGAAUAUUUUUUAUUUUUUUUUUAAAUGUAAACCAUAUCCCAGGCUCAUUAAUGAGGUUUGACAUAAAUCUGGCAAUUUUAUUCUCUCUCAAUUUGAAAUUGGAAGUCUAGCACUAUAUGGAAUAUACUAUAUUUAUAUGUAUAGAGUUUAUGAGAAUCAAAAACCAAUUUCAAUGUCCAUUACAACAGAUUGUUCAAUACAUUUUAUAACAUUUAGUAUGGCUGGAUGGAUUUAUAUGGUGUGAACACCAAGGAUAGCCCACAAAAGUCUGAAGAAGACUUAUUUCCAGUGGGGUCCUCCUGGUGGUGAUUGGGCAGUACAUCAGGAGACAAUUCCUUACUCUUUUCCGAAGGGUGUACUGCUUUCUUUAACGUGCACAUGAUCAACGCCUUAAGUGUCUCAUCUGUAAGAUGGUGCGCUAUCGUAUCUUGCAUUUCAGGCCUCCAGUUGAAACACAAGGAGACCUGGAGGAUCUCCAUGGUUCAGCAGACACACAGUGACUACCACCAGUUUAGCCGCCUGAGCUAAGCUGCACUCUCAAAUAAAGAUUAUAUCUUUUCAAUUAUCAUUGAUGGCAAAAUGUAGGCCAAUCAUUCUGUUCAACUUUCAUUACUUCCAAAAUACUUUUAACUAAUUCAAUAUCUAGGUCAACAGUUUUGUUUAUAUAUUCAUCAGUAGUUGGCUUCGAACAACUGCAAUCACCAUCACAAGCCUCAAAAUUUUUACAGGUUUCAUCUUUAUUUGUAAGUUUAUCGAAUAAAUCUUUUUUGUUACUCA